AUGUCCUUCACCGACGAGGAGCUUGACCGCAACUGGCAGCCCAACGGCCGACGACCGCAGUCAACCAUUGCCAGAAACUUCCAAAUGGAGCUGGAAGACAUCUUCAACUUAGACGAGCAAAAGGCUGAGCUCCAGGAGUCGUACGACACGAGGAACUACAACAUCGGCAAGAACACCCAAGAGCUCGCCUCGCUCGAGGAGCGCCUCCGCGAAAUGGAGAAGCGCCUCAACGCUGCCGGCAUCACCGCCCCCAGCGACGACACCGCCGAGCAGCACUCCCCGAGCUCGACGCCCAAGCCAGAGGCCUCUUCUCUCUCCGCGCCCCCAGCAGACGACAAGGCCAGGUCGCGGCCAGGAACCGCGCAGCCCACGCAGCAAGCCCCCAGCUCUGGUGACAUGCCUCCAACCCCCGGGGCCAGUGAAGGUGAAUAUUACGUUGUGACUCGCGACGAUUUAAUGGACGACGCCCCCCGCUGA